AUGACAGAUUGGGCACAAAAGCUAGAUGAUGUUCUAUGGGCAUAUCGGACAGCUUUCAAGACGCAUAUUGGUAUGUCUCCAUAUCAAUUGGUGUUUGGAAAGGCAUGCCAUUUGCUGGUUGAGCUUGAGCAUAGAGCACUCUGGGCUUUGAAGAAGCUAAACCUUAGUUGGAACGAUUCUGCAAACCUAAGGUUUGAUCAGAUAAAUGAGAUUGAUGAGUUUUGUUUGAGAGCUUAUGAGAGGUCUGCACUAGACAAGGAGAGGAUAGAGUUGUACCAUAACAAACAUAUUGAAAAGAGAACCUUCAGGCCUAAUGAAUUGGUCUUACUUUUCAACUCCAGACUUCGUCUGUUUACAAGAAAGUUGAGAUCUAAAUUAUCUGGACCUUUUAAGGUAACACAAGUGUUUCAGUCUGGUGUUGUUGAGCUGGAAAAUGAUAAGGGCGAGAGGUUCAAAGCUAAUGGCCAGUGA